AUGCAAACUGUUCUGAGGAAGGGAAGCAUCACACAUCUUUGUAACAAAAUAAGAUGUGCAAAUCAUGUGCAAUGGUAUGAUGGGAGAAGGCGAAUAAGUAGUGCCACAGUGAGCAGUGGGAAAAGGAGUCCACUUAGUAGCCGCCUCAUCAGCUCAUUCGAGACAAAAAUACCCGGAAGCCAAGUAGAACUCGUAGUCGACGGAAUAGCACUCACCAUUUAUGAUAAUACAAAUAUAUUCAAGGAAGAAACCAGUAGCACCCCGAUAGUGUUAAUUCACGGGUGCUAUGGAAGCAAAAAUAACUUUCGCGUUUUUAGCAAGAGCUUAAGGAGCAGUAAAAUUGUAACCAUCGACUUACGGAAUCAUGGAAACUCAAAACAUACAGAUAGUAUGAAAUAUGAAGAAAUGGAAGCUGACAUAAAAAAAGUUUUGGAUGAGCUUCACAUCAGGAAGUGCUGCCUAGUUGGUUUUAGUUUAGGUGGGAAGGUGUCUAUGUACUGUGCGCUAAAAAACGAGUCUCUUUUUUCGCACCUGGUGGUGAUGGACAUCCUUCCUUUUGAUUAUAAUGAGAACAAAUGGCAUGUGAAGCUUCCAUACAAUAUUAGCUAUAUGACGAAGAUUCUCUUUGACAUUAAGACCAAGAUGCGCCCGAGGAGCAAGGCCGAGUUUGUGGCCCAUCUGCGAACACAGAUCCCGGACCUAUCCAGCUCCUUCGAGCAGUUCAUCUGCACGUCUCUCAGGGAACAAGGGGCAAAAGUGGGGAAAACAGAAAAAGAGACGGACGCAGCGGAAGUGGCGGGGAAUGCAGCUAGAGUGGUGGAUAAGGCGAUGGAUGGAACAGACUUCGUCGGUGCUUCGAACGUGGGGGCUUCGAACAUGAAUGCUUCAGACUCGAUUGGCUAUUCGAAGGGCCCGCCUACCGAGCAGCAAAACCUCGUUUGGAAAAUUAACGUGGACACCAUAUACAGAGAACUCCCCCAUAUUCUCAGCUUCCCACUAAACCACCGAGAGUGCAAGUAUCACAACCCCUGCAGUUUCAUCAUUGGCACGAAGUCAGAUUUGGUGUAUACCAUGCCGCAAUACCAAUCCAUUAUACAGAAUUACUUUCCCUCCAGCCAAAAUUUUAUUUUGCCUGAUGCGACUCAUACUGUUUAUAUUGACAAUGCAAAGGAGUGUGCUGAUAUUGUUAAUAGGACAUUGCGCUUGUAA